AUGCCUUCAGCUACUCGUUCACAAAAAUCACAAAAAUCCAAGAUGGCUCCAAAGAAGAAAGCAUCAAGCAAACAAACCCAAAAUCCAGGUAACAACUCGAAGACCCGUCACACUCGUCAAUCUCAACAGAAUGUAGAUGACAACAACACUGAAAACAACCAAGGUUCACCUGGACCUACCAACACCCAAUCUCAAACCGAAACCUCGCAGCCCUUGUCCAAAAAGAAUCAUCGAAAAGCCGGCAAAGCAUUUAGGUCACGCUUUCCUGGACUCGAAUUGGACAACUUCGAGGAAGAACUCCCAAAAUGGACUCUUGUGUCUCUCCGCGAAGCCAUAUUUCAUCAACAGUCUCGACGCAGCACUGCUCAUAAAGACAUCAAGGACCUUGUGAAGAUUAUGCGAAUGGAGUUUGAGAAAAGAAUUCUCAUGAUCGCACUGAUGGCUGGAGUUCCUGAAGUGGUCAUUUGGAACUUGGUAGGAUUCGGGUCUAAAAAGACAAAGGCCAACCCUUGGAUUCGCUUUCUCUCGUUUUGCGUGAAGUGCCUUGGUAAAGCACUUCCUGAUCGUGAUGACAAAGACGCCUGGGUGGAUCAUAAUCAGGACAUGUCAAACAAGUGGCACACUUUGAGCAAGGACCAGAAGAAUGUUUUCCGUGAUCCAUAUUUCUUCGCAUUAGCCGACCUUCCAGACUAUGCCAGCCACGAUCCUGAAGAGGAAAAUACAGACGUAGACGAAGAGAAUGGAGUCAAUGUACAAAGUUUUGAUACUGUUACACCGGCGCCCCAGGUUUAUAAACUUUCGGAUGCAGAAAAGGACAAGUAUCAGCCACUUUUUGAUGAACUUGUCAACAUCGAAAAGGUUCAUCUUUGUCAUGGCAAGCCCGAACCACUUCCAACCAUUGCUACUCUUCAAAAAAAGUCGCUUAUUGCUGUAAAGAAAGCACAUCACGAUUUUGCUGUUGUUUGUCAACAGAACCAGAUAGCCUACUAUCUAACUACUGCUAGUUGUGGGGGGGUUGACGGAUGGUCACAAACCUAUUCAAACGAUGUGUGGUUUGCAAAAUGGGCAGUCGACACGGCCCAAGUUCCUCAAAAAUUUUCAACUUACAUCCAUGGCAAAGAUACUGCUAAAGAGAUUGAAGGUUCCACUCGACAACCUAGUGACCAAGGGAGAAGUCUUUUAGGAAAGCGGCUCAACGAAAUGUUGGGUGUACAUGUGCGCGGUGGUGUAUUUCCGAAAAAGCCCAAUCCUGUCGCUGCUAUCGAAGCCAAAGGGUGGCCAGUGAAAAUCGUUCAAAAAGCGGGAUCGAUGCUUAAUAGAUGCGACCUGGAUAUUGGCCACCGAAAAGUUCCGUAUGCGGUAGUCAAGUUGUGGUCGAAGGACAUUGAAAAUGGAAACUUCACCAUUGUCAAGACCGGCAAUGAGCAACUGGAAGAUGCACCAAAUCAAUCUGAAAGUAGAUCGACAGUCGGAAAGAAGCGAAAACAUGAGGCUUUGAAAGAUACUGGAAGCAAGGCAAUGCAGGCUGGACCUAGUGAAAGUCGUCGUCGACUCGAGGAAUUGGCGCGAGGAGACCGAACCCAAUAUGAAUCUCGGCGUCAGAAGAAAAUUAACAAACGUCAUAAAUCGAGUAGGUCAGACUCUGAUGAGGACUCUGAUGAAGAGUCUGAUAAAGAGUCCGAUGAAAACUCUGAUGAAGAGUCUGAUAAAGAGUCCGAUGAAAACUCUGAUGAAGAGUCUGAAUCUGGUUGUUAG